GGAACAACUGCUGGAAUUGGAAGCUCCAAGAAAGCAGAAGAGGAAUAGCGCAACACAGAACCCGCACUCUUUCCUACCCCGGCAGCACAUUGGUGAUCGAAGGCAGCUACACCGCACGAAAGGCUACGACUCUUCGCUCGAUCGAUUCUCCCAUCGCUAACCGAACAAGCGCAGACAUAAUUACUAAGAGCAGAGCGCAAGAGGAUGUCGAAUCGCAAUGUCAGCCAGGUAAAGAAUCGGGCCCCGGCGCCGAUCCAGAUCAGCGCGGAGCAACUCCUCCGGGAAUCCGCGGAUCGACAAGAAGUCCUGAAGGUCGACCCGGUGGUGCAGAUCCACGAUGCCGAAGAAUACCAGUCGUACCUGCGAGACAGGCGAAAGCACUACGAGGACAACAUCCGCUACCGACGGGAACACAUCGGAAACUGGGUCAAAUACGCCAAGCUAGAGGAGGACCACAAGGAGUUCGAGCGGGCCCGAUCUAUCUACGAGCGAGCCCUCGAGGUAGAACCACGGUCGGCGGAAUUGUGGCUCCGCUACGCGCAGUUCGAGAUGCGAAACGAGUUUCUGAACCACGCUCGAAAUGUUUUGGACAGGGCCGUGCAGUUGUUGCCUCGAACGGACUUUCUGUGGUACAAAUACGUCUACAUGGAAGAAUUGGUGAGGGAUAUACCCAAGUGUCGUUCCGUCUUUGAACGGUGGAUGAAAUGGAUGCCGGACGACAACGCCUGGAUGGCCUACGCAAGGUUCGAAACAAGGUGUGGCGGAAGCAGUGGUGGAUUGGACCGUGCAGAGGCCGUCAUGAGACGCUACGUAAAUGCCUAUCCGUCUCCGAAAUCUUUUAUGAAGUUUGCAAAGUGGGCCGAAUACGAGGCGAAGAACGUCGAUUUGGCGAGGACGAUAUGGGAAGCAUCCCUGUCCGAGCUAGAACCGGAGGAAUCAAAGCAAGCACGAGUGUUUGCUAGGUUUGCUGCAUUCGAAGAACGGCAGGGGGAGUACGUUCGAGCUCGGGUCAUUUACAAGCAUGCCAUCGUGUUGUUGCGACUGGAAGAACUGGAGAAAAUCAAAGCGGAACAAUCGUCGCGGACCAUGGAACAAGACGAUGAUAUACCCGACUGGGAAUUGGAUCAGCGAAAGGAUUUAUACAAAGCUUACUUAACGUUCGAAAAGAAACACGGGGAUCGACAGGGGAUCGAACGGGUCUUGCUGACCAAACAACGGAGGGAAUACAACGAGCGUGUCGAGAAAGAUCCCUACGACUACGAUGCUUGGUUUGAAUUCGCAAAGCUGGAGGAAGAUAGCACCCUCCUUGAUGCAGGCACAGACAACCACCAUAGAGCGGGUGAUCCAGCAGCGGUGCGAGAAGUUUACGAACGAGCGGUGGCACAAGUUCCCCCCGGAAACACCGGUGAAAAAGAACACUGGAAGAGAUACAUAUAUUUGUGGAUCUAUUAUGCGACGUACGAAGAACUAACGAAUCGGGAUCUAGAACGAGCGUCGGAAAUAUAUCAAACCUGCCUCGACCACGUCAUACCCCACAAACAAUUUUCGUUUUCAAAAGUGUGGAUCUAUGCAGCAAAACUACAGAUCCGGCGAAAGAAUCUAACAGCCGCGCGGAAGUUGCUAGGAAGGGCCAUUGGAAUGUGCAAGGGAAAGGAACGGAUUUUCAAGGAGUACAUUGCUAUCGAAAUGUCGCUCGGAGAAAUCGAUCGGUGUCGGACGCUAUACAACAAUUAUCUUAAGGCUAUGCCGCAAAACUGCGAGGCGUGGAGCAAGUACGCCGAACUAGAGAAGUCGCUAGGAGAGUCGGAGCGGUGUCGGGCCAUUCUUUCCCUGGCAAUUUCACAGCCCAGCCUGGACAUGCCGGAGGUCUUGUGGAAAUCCUUCAUCGACUUUGAAAUCGAAGAGGGAGAAGCCGGCAACGCAAGAAAACUCUACGAACGGCUACUGGAAAAAACCAGCCACGUCAAGGUCUGGAUCUCGUACGCUCAAUUCGAGGCCGGCGAAAUCGGCGAGGGCAUGCCCAAGGUCCGAACCAUUCUGGAAAAGGCUUACAACGAACUCAAGGAAGACGGCCUCAAGGAGGAGAGGGUGCUGCUACUGGACUCCUGGCGGGCCCUCGAGCAACAAAAAGGCGACGCCGACAGCCUUUCGGCAGUCGAAAAGAGACUGCCCCGGCGGGUCAAGAGGAAACGCAUGCGCAAGGACGGCGACGGAAACGAUCUCGGGUGGGAAGAAUACUUCGACUACCAGUUUCCGGACGACGACGACCAGGGGGCAUCGAACCUCAAAAUCUUGGAGAUGGCUGCCAAGUGGAAGCGCAAACACGACGACAGUGACGACGACAGCGAUGACGAUGACGAUGACGAUGACGACGAUAGUGACGACGACGACGACGAAUAAGGUUUUUAAUCUCUUUCGAAUCGCCGUUCAUCUCACAACACUCUUCUUGCAUUGUAUGUAAUCUAGUCUAACGCAAUAACGUUGAAAAUGUAGAAAGUUUUUACUUCCGUUCUUUAGGAGCGAGUCACAGCCCUCGGUUUGUUGUGUCUUUUUCAGCAAAAAGAAAUACGACAUUGUUCAAAAGGGAUGUAGAGAAAAGUUUUCGUCUCUCGUUAUUCUUCAAGUCUUUGACCGAUACACAUUUAUCGUGUAAAUUUCAUGUGUCGAAAUCACGUGUUCAAUACACACGAUGGUAUGCUAGCAGAGCUCAUGGCUCGACGCUUUAAUAUUGAUGCUUUCGCUUACAACUCUCUCCGUGAUUUGAAAAGCUUUUCGCUCGACCAUCGUUCCCUUCGCUUCUUACCUGGCACUAGAUUUGCCCAACCUGGGGACUGCUAGCAACAAGCCGAUCAAAGCGCUUCAUGGACUUCUCCGCCACGGCUUUGUCACCACCCGGUGCAUUCGGAUUGCUCCGGUAAAAGCAAGACAAGACCGGUCCGAGCAGGUAUUUCUUGGGGUUCAGGAAAUCAGUCGGAAAACUAGGGGUCACUCCGAGUUCGUCUCCGAUGUCUUCGUUGAGGCUUGUUGAUACAUCGUAUUGGUUUAGGAUGCUAGAUUUAUCCAUUUUCUUGGCAAUCGAUGCUUCUGCAUUGGAUCGAAGCCGGGAGAGAUCCGGGCAGGGAGUUCUCCCUGACCAAAUUGCGGAGAUAUAUCGUGCUUGCAUUUCACCUUGCGGAAAAUAGGGACCAACGGAAUUGACGAGGCCACAGAAAGCCAGGUUGCCCACGAGUUCUGGAUUCGGAACGAGCGUGUUUUUGUAGAGCGCCAUCACCGUCUUUCCGGUGGCUGGGUUGGGAAUCCCUACCUCCUUUUGGAUAGAUUUCGGCAGGAAGGAAAGGUCAAAGUCGUAUCCGGUAGCACAAACAAUCGCAUCUAAUUUUUCGGUUGUGCCGUCGACGAAUGUUACGUUGUUACCAUCCACACUCGCCACUUCUGGCUUUACCGGCAGCUUUCCGUUUUUCACCUGGUCUACAUAGUUCUUCGAGACAGCGAUCCCGCACUGCCGUAUGUCCGGCGAUACUCUUAUUGCGCAGUUGGGCGUGUUCGCAUCGCACUGGUCUGGCCAAAGCGAUAGGAUGACGCUUUUCAUUCCUUUUGCCACCACCCAAUCGGGCAAGACACGAUUGGUCCAAACAGCAGAGCGAUUAUAAAAGAGGUCGUCGUAGGACCAAUUGUUGCCCUUUGCGAGUUUUUGGAUGUGGUAGGGCAUUUUCCGUACACUAUGGACUACUUUUUGGCAGCCACCAUUGUUCAAACCCUCCGCCAGUAUGGAUGCGAUUUCACUCCCCGAGACGUUAGAUCCGAU